AUGUUUCUUCUGCCAGGCUUGAUCGUCACCUGGUAUGUUACGAACACUCCGAUUCUUCCUGAGUACGCAGUCGAAAUCAAGCGAUACUUAUUCGCACGGCAACACCCGGAAGAUGGUGGUUGGGGUCUACAUAUCGAGGCUCACAGUUCGGUAUUUGGCACCUGUAUGAACUACACUGCACUUCGAAUCCUGGGUGCCAGCCCGGAAGACCCCAGGAUGAUUAAGGCCCGUGGCAUGCUACAUAAGCUAGGUGGUGCCUUGUACGCUCCUCAUUGGGCAAAAUUUUGGCUUAGUGUCUUGGGAGUCAUGGAAUGGGAGGCUGUUAAUCCCGUUCCACCAGAACUCUGGUUGCUUCCGGACUGGGUUCCAUUCGCGCCAUGGAGAUGGUGGAUCCAUAUGCGUCAAGUAUUCCUUCCCAUGACCUAUGUGUAUUCAAAGAAGUUAAGCCACCCAGUGGACGAUUUCACUCGACAACUGAGAGAGGAAAUUUACACUCAACCAUAUGCAUCCAUUAAUUUUCAUUCUUAUCGUGGUGCUAUAGCUGAUGCCGAUAACUAUUACCCAAAGCAUUGGCUCCUAAACGUGCUUUUCUGGAUGCUAGCAAACGUCUGGAGUAUAAUCCGAUGGCCCUCCUUGGUCAAGCGCGCAGAGGAUUGGGUGUGGGAGUUGAUUACAAUGGAAGAUCGAAACACGGAUUAUGCCGGCCUAGGACCCGUGAACGCACCAAUGAACACCCUCUGUUGUUAUAUACAUGACGGACCCGGGAGUUAUACCUUCCGUCGACAUCUUGACCGGUUGCACGACUACAUGUGGAUGAAAAACGAAGGUAUGCUCAUGAACGGUACGAAUGGAGUGCAAGUCUGGGAUACAGCAUUCAUCGUCCAGGCGAUCGAUGUCGCGGGCUUUGCGGAUGCUCCCGAAUGGCGUCCCAUGCUCCUCAAAGCAUUAGAAUUUUUGGAGGAUCAUCAAAUGACAGAAAAUGUUGCUCAACAAGACCGCUGCUACCGCCAUCGGACUAAGGGUGCGUGGCCCUUCAGUAACAAAACACAGGGAUACACUGUAAGCGACUGUACUGCAGAAGGCCUUCGUGCUGCACUCCAGCUGCAGAAAGUCCAUGGUUUCCCCCCGUUGAUUUCCGAUGCGAGACUGAAGGAUGCCGUGGAUACCCUUAUUUCCAUGCAGAACAAGACCGGGGGUUUCACAGAAUACGAGACAACUCGAGGAUCCCAGUACCUUGAGUGGCUCAAUGCCGCAGAAGUAUUCGGUGGCAUCAUGAUAGGAUACGAUUAUCCCGAAUGUACGACCGCUGUCCUUACCGCUCUGUCGUUUUUCAGCAAAUUUUUCCCAGAUUACCGCGCCGACGAUAUCAAGAGAGUAAAAUCCAAAGCAGUGGGCUAUAUUCGCCGAUCACAGCGCUCUGACGGGAGCUGGUAUGGUAGCUGGGGUGUCUGUUUUACAUAUGCAGCUAUGUUUGCUCUGGAGAGUCUUGCGCAUGUUGGCGAAACAUACGAAACUAGCGAGCGGGUUCGCCGCGGCUGCAAAUUUUUAGUGGACAGACAAAUGGACGACGGUGGCUGGGGAGAGUCGUAUCUCAGUUCUGAGAAAAAAGUCUACACGCACUACGAAACAUCACAAGUUGUCCAGACUUCUUGGGCAUGUCUUGCGCUGAUGGAAGCAGAUUAUCCGAACAAGGAUGUUCUCAAAAGGGCAAUGAAGCUGAUUAUGACAAAACAAGAAGCAAAUGGGGAGUGGUCGCAAAAUGGAAUCGAGGGUGUGUUCAAUCAGUCAUGCAUGAUAUCCUAUCCUAAUUACAAACUUUACUGGACAGUACGAGCAUUAGGCUUAUACGCAAGGAAAUUCGGCAAUGAAGAAAUCCUUUAG